CCCCAAACAAAUUGGGUUCUUUUUCUCCAGCUCAGGCACAAUGUCUAGCAUAUUUGAGGAAAUCACAAGAGUUGUAGUCCAAGAGAUGGAUACUGGAGGGGAUAUGAUUGCUAUCAGAAGCAUCCUUCACGUUGACAGAUUUCACUGCUGCUCUCUGGUGAGGGGGAGGAGAAAUUUCUGGGGACAUCAGUACCACAGGACAGACCUCAUCCUGGAGGACACACUGGAGAGAGGGGAGGGUGAAGAGCUGUUUGAGAAGCUGGAUUCUGGGCCCCAAGGUCAAAAGCUGAAGUUCCAAGUUCUGGACACAGGAGACUCAAAGGGAAUGUUGACGGUGAAAUUACCCAAAGAAGUAACAAUUGCAAGAGCCCUCCACAAGUCCCACAAGCAGAAAGUCCAGAUGUUGGAGACUCAUAUACCCCAGCAAUAUCUGGAUUUCCUUGAGCUCAGGGAGGCUGGAGUUGGGCAGCGUGGUGGGGGGGAACACCCAUUUUGGGCACCAAGGGCAUCUGAGGUGGAGAACUGCAGCUCAGUCUUUUUUAAUGCUGCUGAGUUCUUGGUAAAGACACAUAUAGAAUCCAUUCUGGAUAUCCUGGAUAACUUGAUUGAACUGUCUGAGGAGCAGUGUCUUAUGGCUAAGGCCCCAGAGAAGGGGACCCUGCCCCUGUUGAAGGACCAGGUGGAAUCUGUCCUGGAGCAGAUUUGCAGUGAGCAGCCUCAAGCUGUGGGCUGUGACCCUGACGUAUGA